GGAUGGGCCUGACCGCCUUUCAGUAAAAAUGCAGACUUGGUAAUGGCUGCGCAACGGCUAAAGUGUGCUGAAAACAGGACGCCAUAGAACCUGUCGGGUGCAGUUAAUUUUGUGAUUUUCACGUCAACAACUUAUAAGAUGCCGAUUGUUGCGACAGACAGCGAGUUGGACUACCGUGCCAAGAAAUUUAAAGAUUUCAAAUCCAUCAAUCGUAAACAGAUCGUCUGUGCAUCAUGUGGAUCAGAUCUGCACAGGAAGCUAACAGAACCUGGUGGCCUAUUUUUACACCCAUUUACAGAGUCAUUGCAGUGCAAAAAAUGUCACAAUUUUUAUGGGGAUGGAGAUUUCAGUAUGGACGAAGAUAGUGAGGACAAGUAUUGCCGCAUAUGUGGAAAUGGUGGUAAAUUGUAUAUUUGUAGCAACAAGGAUUGUCCAUAUGGUUUCUGCUGGAAAUGUAUCACAAGAUACAUGGGCAACAAUUCAUCUGAUGUUGAAGCAGAUGAUUGGAAAUGUCUCCACUGUAACUGCAAGCCAUUAUGGGAGGCAAGGGCCGUUUGUGCAGCCAUUAUGAAGGAAAAUCCACAAAAACCGAGGAAGCACAAUAUACAAAAAACUAGAAGUGAGCGCUACAAAUCAGAUGAUGACUCUGCCAGUUCUGAGGAUUUAGAAAAUGAUUUUGAAAAUUCAAAACUAAUCAACCGUCGUCGAUCCAGAAGAAUACAUUCUUCCAAAAAUGAUGAUGGGAGGCAUUCUUUAAAAAAACUCAGAUCACGUUAUAAUGAAAGAAACGCUGCGAAAGAUUCUUUAGAGCCACUAAAUAAAAUUAUUGAUAAAUCCAAAUUACCAGCAAAUGAACCAAGAUCGGGAUCGAAUAGAAAAAGAUUAAUCUCAGACUCCAAAAAGUCAGAUUCCGAUGAAAAUGACAAUUCUGAACUGGUCAUGCCCAAUGGGAAAGAUCAGCCAAAUAGCCAGAAGGUAGUUCAUCCAUUUGAACAAGUUAAAAAAUUACACCAACGCGAAAUAUUGUCAAAAACUUCAGCGGACCCAAAAAAAAGGACCAGUGGUAUUAUAUCAGUAAAUGACUCAGUUAGGUUUGAAAAAAAAAUUGCUAUGAAGUCGCAUCCAAGAUUAUCGGAUACCUCAGAAGAUUCAACAAUGGAUUUUGAUGUUCAUGAAUCGGUGGAUAACUAUGUUGGGUCUAAAAGAAAAAAACUGUUCAGAGAUCGUAAUCUGGACAAAACUAAAUCAGCAGUUCUGAAAAGAGCACCAAAUUCUAGUAGAAGCUGGAAUUCCAUGACAUCAACCACACCGUCGAGUAGUAAUGCUGAAGUAGUGGCAGUGGACAAGGGAAGACAAAAAGCUGGGUCUGAGGCUCUGAACAAUGAUGUAGAAGUAGGUGGUAUUGAUAAAUUUAUGAAAAAUAGAAAGACUGAAACUGAGGGCAGAGGCAUGAAACACUUUGCCGCUAGUACGAGAUAUGAUGAAGCUCAAGAACCUAAAAAGACCAAAGGAAAGGAAACUAGAGCAAAAUCAAUCGGGAAAUACAAAGUUGAGCACUCAUUGCAAAGAAACAGAUUGUCAAUGAAUGCUAACUCUCGAAAGGUUAGACCAUUAUUUCCCAUUACAAGAGAAGACGAGGUUUUGGAUAUAAAAAAAGCUACCAUCAAACGUUCUUAUGGAAAGAUCCUGUCUAAUAAGGUUUGUGUUGGUGAGAGACAAGCAACAAUACUAAAAAAACAUGUGGUCAAAUUAGUUGAAAGUAUUAAAUUUUUAGCUGGUGUUUUGAUUCAUGGGGUUAAAAAAAUUACUGAUGAACAAUUAUCAAAUGAUUUCACAAAGGUUUCGAAUGCUUCUAAAGUUGUAUAUAAGUGCGCCAUGUUGAUAAAUCGCUACAAGGAAGGAUUUGACGAAAUUGAGCAAAAGUUCGAAUCCUCUUAUAAGGAUUGGUGCCGUUGUUGUGGCGUUGAAGGUAUUUCUUUCGAUAUGAAAGAUUGCAUGGAUAUUUCCAGCGAUGAAGAAGUAUCUAAAAUGAAGAGAUGUAGUUCUAUUAAUGUCACUGAAAAAAAUGUGAGCGCAGUGGUUGCACAAACAGACAGGAUUAUUGAGAAUACAAACCAUAGUAUUCAUGUCUCCGACAAUAAUGAAAAUCUUGAUGAGCGCGAUGAGCUUAGCAAUGCCAAACCAAAAUUGAAUGAUAAAAGUGGCAAUAACUCUACUGAUUCUCGAUGUGAGGAUGACUUAUUGCAUCCAUCUUCUGUCAAUCAAAGGUCUUCAUUAUCUAAGAAGGUCUCGAACAAUUUCAAAGGUUUGCAGAAAACUAAUGAAAUCGAAGAGUAUUUUGUAAAAGACAAGAGUGCAGUGGAUCAAGUCUAUAGCCAGAGUGAAUCAAAAGAUCCAGUGCACAGCGGAAUAUCAGAAUGCGAUAGCAGUGAAAUAUUUUCAGAGGUUGAAGACAAGACACUUGUAAAAAAUAUAGGUCUAGCUUCAAAUAAUCAAACUUCAGUACUGAUCGCUGAUGUACAGAAUGGCUCAAAAAUGACGUCCACAAUUUUUAUGGAAUCUGGGCAGCAGGAUGUUGCAAGUGAUACACAGAAUGCAACAGAGGUUAAUGAAUCGGAAUCAACUGGAAAUGCAACACAGGAGAAAAAUGCAAUUCAACCGAUAUCUAAUAAAUCUACCGCACAUAGCACACAGCUCGAUUCAUCCAUAAAAGAUGUUCAUAAUAAUUCAGAGGUGAAUGAUUCCAUAAGCACUUGGAGGUUUCAUGAUAUGUUAGACGAAAGCCAGGAGUCUUUGAAAGUGAAACAAGAACGGAUUGAAGAACAUCCUUUGGGUCCCAAGUCAUUAGAAAACACCGAUGAGAUUGCAGUCGAAUUAUCAGACUGUGAAGGAUCUUUAAUUUUUACACAAGUAGUAGUCAACAAUGCUGCACAACAAAUUAAUACCGAUAGCCCAGAACUUGAUGCAGAUUGUGAGGAAUUUCAAAAUAAGGAAAAAAAAUCUUAUAAAGAAAUCAGUGCGCACGAAAUUUUACCUUUAGAAAACGAAAACUCCACGGAAUGCCACAAGGAUAAAAGAGGGAUUGACAGUGACACAGACAAAGUGUUAUCAGAUGACACAGGCACAAAUUUCACAAGCAGUACCAGCAAAACUGAUCCACCUGAAAACGAUGACAUACAGAAUAAUCAAGUGGAUGAUGGCAAUUCGGAAGAGUCAUUGAAGAAAAAGCUUUUAGAAUCAGAUUCUGAUUUCUCUGAUGAAGGCACAAAGGUCACUUCCGAGUUGGAUUCCUUUCAAUUGCGUCUGACCUCAGAAGAAAAUUCGGAAGAGUUUUCAAAGCCUUCCACGGAUUUUUGUGAUGCAAGAAUGAAUGAAAUUCCAUCUAAAAUCAUCAAAACUCACUUGAAUGACACAAUGAAAAACAACAAGAGCCAAAGUAUCUCUCAUAGCAUAGUAGAUAUCCGCCAUCAAAGUUCGAACGAGCUUGCAAAGCGUCGAUUGUUACAUUCUUCCUUUUCAAGUAGUUCAGAUUCGGAUGAAAUGUUACUACCAUCAGUUUCUGAUUCUCAUGACUCUAGUUCUGGUUCAAUUUUUCUAAUCUGCCCUGAUGAAAAAUCUAUUUCAAAAUCAAAUAGGUGCACAGUUGGAGAAAAAACAUUCAAUAUUGAGAACAGUGAUGAUCAUAAGCAGGACAAAAAACUACGAUUUAAUUGUAAAGUUGUUGUAAGAAAGUUGGAUCAAAAAGUUUUGGAACCAUUCAAGCAAUCAUUGGAGAAGUCUAAACGUCAUUUAGAAAAGAAGAGUUUCAAAAGUCUAAUAGAUUUGAGUACAGUCACAAGACACACACGAGGUGCAUCUAAUAGAAAUGGCAGUUCGAGUGAUUCAUCCUCAUCGAAGUCAUCCGUGGAAGAACAUACAAAGAAGAAAAAACUGAACCAAGUACCCGAAAAAGAAGAGACACUGAUGGACCAUCUAGAAAAAGUGAAAAACGGAGAGGACCAUUGCGACCUUUCUAGUGAUGAUAUGAUUGCUAACAAUGAUAUUCUGAAAGGUAUUUGCUCAACAGAGGGUGAAAAAGAAGAACUUGCUGCCAAAGCUGAUCAAUUUGCCAAGCAACUUCUUCUUCAAAGUUCUGACUCUGAAGAUGAGAUGGACAAAUCACUAGCUAACAAGAAGGAGCAGGAAGAAGUCAGACCCGAGUCUCAAAAGGCCAAGGACAAGGGGCAAAAAAAAACCGCAAAUGCGGAAGCAGAGGAUUUGGCAAGUACUAACGACAACGUAACUAAUACAGAAAACGAAGAGAGCGAAGAUAUAAUAAAGGAAAACGAACAAGACAAGUCAAAAAAAAGUUACACCUCCGAUAGCGACGGAUCACGGGAAAAAAAAAAAUUGAAGAACAUGUUGGCUAAUCAUAAUUGGAGACUAACGGAUUCCGACAGUAGCAGUGAUGAGAAAAAAUUGCGGAAAUCACAACUAAAAAAAGAACAAAAAAGUCUGCCAGAGAAGGAUGAUUCAAAAGUCAAGCUUAAGAAGAAGGGAAAACGAAGGGCGUUGGGCUCAGAUUCAGAUGCUGUUAAAUUGACGGAUCUCAGUAACGACUCCGACGAUAAACAGAAGUCAGGUUCUGGUUCAGAAGAUUCCGCUAUCUUAUUCAACAGCUUGAGAAAAAAGAGGAGAAAGCGCAACGACGAGAAAAAAUCAGAUUCUGACUCGGAAUCGGACGAGGAUGCUAAACGACCAAAACAGACAAGAAAACGUAUAAAGAAAAUGGCAUCAGAUAGUGAUAGUGAUGCUCUCAACAAUUCACAAGAUACACCGGGAAAGCUUCACAGAAAAAAUAUUCGAAAAUUACUAAAAGACAAACAAGUGGCGGAUGUAACAAAAAUUGCUGGUAAAGAAGAAGAAGAAAGAUUGAAACGUAUUGCUGAACGUCAGAAACUGUACAAUGAAAUGUAUGAGAUGAAAUUAGCUAGCGAACAGAAGGUUGACAAGUUGAUACUCGACUUUGAUGAAGAGACAAAGAAAGAGCUGAUAAGCGUUCAUGAAGGUUUGGUCGCACGAUUAAAACCACACCAGGCUAAGGGUAUAAAAUUCAUGUGGGACGCAUGUUUUGAGUCAUUGGAACGUAGUAAGUCUACAAAAGGUUCGGGAUGUAUAGUGGCUCAUUGCAUGGGCCUGGGAAAGACUUUCCAAGUGGUAACCCUGGCACACACUUUAUUGACUCAUCCCGAAAUCGGUAUUAAAACUAUUAUGGUGAUCUGCCCACUGAGUACUGUAUUAAACUGGGUUAAUGAGUUCAAGAGCUGGUUGGGCAGCAUCGACAAUGGCAGCGCUGUGAAAGUUUUUGAGAUGACUAAAAUGAAGAAAAAUUUCGAACGAAAAUUUCAACUAGACAAGUGGCAUCGUACCGGAGGUGUUAUGGUCCUCGGAUAUGAGAUGUUUAGACUUUUGAGCAAUCAAACGGGCAAAAAAAUGCGAAAGAGUUUGCAUGAGGCAAUUUUGAAAUGUCUUGUUGACCCUGGACCUGACCUAAUUGUUUGCGAUGAGGGCCAUUUGCUUAAAAAUGAAGAUACCGCUUUAAGCAAGGCUAUGAGGCGAGUGAAAACACUCAGAAGAAUAGUUCUCACAGGCACACCAUUGCAAAAUAAUUUGGUGGAAUACCAUUGCAUGGUACAGUUCGUGAAACCAAACCUGCUUGGUACCAAGAAGGAAUUUUUAAACAGAUUCGUUAAUCCUAUAACGAAUGGUCAAUUUGAUGAUUCAACCGAAUAUGAUGUAAAGCUUAUGAAAAAACGUGCCCACGUAUUGCACAAAAUGUUGGAAGGAAGUGUGCAAAGGUUCGACUACUCCGUCCUGACUCCUUUCUUACCUCCGAAACAGGAGUAUGUAAUUUUCGUCAGGUUGACAGAUACACAAAUCAAGUUGUACCAGCAUUAUAUAGAUAAUUAUUCGAGAAAAACAUUGGGUGCAGGGUCCUUGUUUGCUGACUUUCAAGCUUUGCAAAGAAUAUGGACCCAUCCCAUAGUCUUGCGCAUGAAUGCAGAAAGAAUAGAAAAGCUCAAUGAAAAGAGACGUCUAGAGUCCAGUGAUUCUGAAGGCUCGUUAAAAGAUUUUAUAGAUGAUGGGAGUGAUUCAAAGUCCACUACCACUGAGGAUAGUGACAUACAAUCAGCUCAUGACUCAAGCGAUGAGAAAACCUCUACAUAUAAAUCAACACGUUCGACUAGAGCCAACCCUAUCGAUGUUGCCUCAGUAAAAAUGGACGCAGAUCCAGAGCCUGUACAAUCUAGUGAGUGGUGGAGGCAGUUUGUUGAGCCAGAACAUUUGGAAGAUAUGCGGACAUCUAGUAAACUACUGCUUCUAUUUGCCAUUUUGAAAGAGUCUGAGCAAAUUGGGGAUAAAGUUCUCGUGUUCUCUCAAUCAUUGUACGCGCUGUCUUUAAUCGAAGAAUUUCUCGGCAAAGUUGACGACGAAACACAAAAUGGUAAAGAACCCAAUGAACUGCUCGACGGUCAUACUGGCAGUUGGUCUCCAGGUUUGGAUUACUUUAGACUUGAUGGUCAAACACCACCUGAAACUAGGAGUCAGUGUUGCAAGAUUUUCAAUAACCCCAAGAACAGUAGGGCAAGAUUAUUUCUGAUAUCGACACGAGCUGGUGGUCUUGGCAUCAAUUUGACAGCUGCUAACAGAGUGAUCAUAUUCGAUGCUAGCUGGAAUCCUUCACACGAUGUGCAAAGCAUAUUCAGGAUAUAUAGAUUUGGCCAAAAAAAACCUUGCUAUGUCUAUCGGUUUUUGGCCCAAGGUACUAUGGAGGAAAAGAUUUAUAAUCGUCAAGUGACCAAAUUGUCUUUAUCUUGUCGAGUGGUCGACGAACAACAAAUUGAGCGACAUUACAGUAACCAUGACUUGGCAGAACUGUAUCAAUUUGAACCUAAUACAAAGGAAAAGCCCACGCUAAACUUACCUAAAGAUAGGUUGCUGGCAGAAAUUUUGCGCAAGUAUGAAGACAGGGUGGAAACGUUCCACGAGCAUGAUUCCCUCCUGGAAAACAAGGCGGAAGAAGAAUUAGAUGAAGAGGAACGGAAAGAAGCUUGGAAGGAAUACGAAGAUGAACGUAAAGGACGAAAAAUCCAAUUCAACAACUUUAACAAUCCAAAUUUUGCUCUGCACCAAUACAAUGAGCUUAUUAGUAUGAAUCAAGCCGAAAUUGCUCAGCGGGCAGCACUUUCUGGAAUUAAUAUUGAAAAUCUGCAGGCCCUCAUUCAAAAAGAUUAUCCAAACGCUACUCCGGAACAACAACAGAUGAUGACCACUCGGACGAUUAUGGAUAUGUAUACUUACAUGGAAAAUGAAACUAUUCGACGACAACAAAUGGCAGCAGCUCAAUACAAUCUACAGCAGCAACAGUUUCAGCAGCUGUUAGUACAACGUGAUCAGCAAACAAAUUAUGCCAAACGUAUGCCUCAUGCUAGAGGGCCUAUAGCUGGACCCACCGUAAGCAGACAAGCCCCAGUAGUCGAUUUGCAUUUAGACGACAAUGAUAUCAUAGAGGUUCCAUCUUCACCUGUAUCAGCAGCGGGAUCUGCCACAUCCCCCUCUGUACAGGCACCUUCGGUAUCAACUCCUCCUGGGAAUAGUAAGAGCCAGGAGGAAUGAUUUGUGACAUAGAGAAUCUCCACUAUACGCAAACCUUUCAAGAGUUAGGUUGAAAAACGACACUACUUCUCAGUAUAUAAGAAAUGUAUGUUAAAAUAAUAAUAAUCCUUGAUUAACAAAUAA